CACCAGACCACCACGAUGACCACCGAGCCUUCCACCGCCGCCGCCUUAGCAGGCAACGCUAAUGGCACGGAGCCAUGGAGCGCCCAGGUGCGCACCUUGGCGCGCCUCGGCCGGCACCGGGAGGUCCUGGCCCUGCUCCGCGACGGCGACCCCUCGCCGCCGCCGCACGCCCUUGCGCUGCCAGCCGCGGUCAUCUCGUGCGCGGCGCUAUCCCUGGCCUCCGGCGUCGCCCAGAUACAGGCGCUCGGCUGCAAGCGCGGCCUGCUCCCUUCCUCCGACGCCUACCUCCUCUCCUCGCUGCUCUCCUCCUACUCCCGCCUCGGCCUGCUCCCGCGCGCCCACCAACUCCUCGACGAAAUGCCCCUUGCGUCCACGCCUCCCACCACGCUCCGCACCGCCUUCAACUCCCUCAUCUCCGGAUGCGCGCUGCACGCGCUCCCGGCCGCCUGCUUCGCCAUCUUCCGCCGCAUGCGGGCAGCCAGCGCCCCCUUCGACGCCGUCACCCUCAUGACGCUGCUCCCCGCCGCUCCUCAGAGUGUCGUGCCGCAGCUCCAUGCCCUCGCGGGGAAAGCAGGGCUGGCCGCUGAGACAAACGUGGCCAACUGCCUCAUAUCAGCUUAUUCGCGUCGCGGCGCUGGCCUCGCCCGGCAGGUGUUUGACGAGAUGCCAUUGACCUCGCGUGACAUCAUCUCGUGGAACGCCGUGCUCUCGGCCCACGCGCAGAACGGCCUCGCGGUGGACGCCCUUGAUCUCUACAGCCGCAUGCGUGGCCACGAUGGCGGCGGCGUGGAGCCGGACGCCGUGACGCUCGUGGGCGUGCUCUCCUCAUGUGCCCACCUUGGAGCGCGCGGUGUAGGCCUGCGUGUUGAACGGUACAUGCAGGAGAGACUCCCAGGCUUCCGCUCCAACGUGCAGCUUUGCAACUCUCUCAUCAACUUCCAUGCACGCUGCGGCAGUUUGCCCCAGGCACAGCGGCUGUUCAAUGAAAUGCCCAGGAGGAGCAUUGUGUCCUGGACGGCGCUCAUCACUGGGUACGGCAUGCACGGGCAUGGAGAUAUUGCUGUAAAUCUCUUCCAGGCGAUGGUUUCAGAAGGCAUCCGGCCGGAUAAUGUCGCAAUGGUCGGCCUCUUGUCGGCGUGCAGCCAUGCUGGAAUGUACGACGAGGGCCGCAGGUACUUCUCAGCAAUGGAGAGUACAUACCAGUUGCGACCUACACUGGAGCACUACACCUGCAUGGUGGACCUCCUUGGGCGGGCCGGCCGUCUCAAGGAGGCGCAAGAACUCAUUUCCUCAAUGCCCAUGCCAGCCGACGGUGCCGUGUGGGGUGCCCUUCUUGGGGCGUGCAAGAUACAUAAGAAUGUGGAGGUAGGGGAGGAGGCUUUUGAGCAUGUCAUCAAGCUCGAACCGAGCAAUGUGGGCUACUACGUACUCAUGGCGAACAUAUACACAGACACGGGACAACCGGAUGGUGUAGUGAGGGUGCGGGCGAUGAUGAAGGAGCGCGGGCUCAAGAAGGAGCCUGGGUGCAGCUAUGUCGAACACAAGGGGAGGGUUCAUCUGUUUACGGCUGACGACCACUCACAUCCGCAGGCAAAGAGGAUUUACGAUCUCGUGAUUAAGCUUGAACAAAUGGUGAAGGAGAAAACAGAUGGCACUGUGGAAAAUGGGCAAGGCAGAGUGGACGAGCGGUACUCCAGGAAGAUGGCUGCGCCGUUGAUCGGCUUUCACAGUGAGAAGCUUGCUGUGGCCUUCAGUUUGCUGAACACUGAUGACAGUGAGAUUGUGGUGAUCAAGAACCUAAGGGUAUGCGGGGACUGCCACUCUUUCCUAAAGGCGGUCUCUGCAAUUGCCAACCGGGCAUUUCUUGUCAGGGACGCGAGCCGCUUCCAUCGCUUCGAAGGUGGAGCAUGCUCCUGCAAAGACUACUGGUGAAGAAUUUGGUGCUCACUGUUAGGAGAAGGAAGAUUUCACUCCAGAUCUUCAGUGCUGACUGCACUGGAACAAGCUUGGUGACUGUGCUACUAUUAUCCUUCCACUCCAGCUAUGAGAAAAGUGGAGGGCUGGAUAAACAGCGGGCAUGAUGGACUCUCAGAUUGAAUUGCUCAACUCCCUGAAUAUCAGGCUCCCAUUUGCAAAAUCUGAGGUGCGGACCCGAUUAAUGGAUGGUUAUCCUGGUGCUGGACAGCCUAUAGAACAAACUGCGAACUUUCUCGAGGCUUACAUUGUACACCUGAUCAAUUGGCAUUGCCCCUCAUGCAAUUACUUGUGGAAAUGCAAUGCUCCACCCAUGCCCUUGGACCUUCUACGGAAGAAUUACCCGGGCCUGUUUGAGACAAUGGUGUGACAAUGCCAGAUUUUUUACCAGAUGUGGUUCACAGUACACCAGCAAUGUUUGAGGUCGGUUGUUUAGUCAAAUAAAGAAUGAAUGCCAUCUUUUGCAUCAGGAAAGGGCUGACGGAAGGGCAAAGUAAAAAAAUUGACCGGUAAUGUUGAGCUGUAUGUUCAUGCGCGCAUGCCAAUUUUAGAGUUUAUUAGAUUCCACUGGUGUGAGUCGAUUUUGAAGACGAUUUUGUAUUGCUGCCAUAGGAAUCGUUGCAUUCAUCUAGCUAUCAACUAUUUUUGCCAUUCUAGUGCACUGAUGGUUGCCAGGAUAGCAAGAUCAGGCACGCCAGGAACGCAGUGGCGUCAGGUUGCGAUAUACUGUCCGUUGUUGGUUGAGCUCA